CCGGCACCCACCUCUAGGCCAUUGUUCCAGCGACCGCCCUACCUCGUCGGUCGCCGCCUCUCCCCACAUAUACUUGCGCUCUCCCUGCCCACCUGAGCCACACCUGCCUGAGACCACAGUUCACCCACCGAUCACCUGAAGAUCCCAUAGUACUACUUGGCAAUCUUUGCUAGGCAUUUGGCAUCGAUGGCUCCUGCCGGGACCAGGGGCGCCCGCGCGGCUGCGCCGGCGGCGGUGCUCCUCGUGGCGGCGCUGCUGGUGGCGCUGGCGCUGGCGCCGCGGGGCACGAGCGCGGCGCUGACGUGCUCCACGGUGUACAACGAGCUGAUGCCGUGCCUCGGGUACGUGCAGUCGGGCGGGGCGGUGCCGCGGGCGUGCUGCUCGGGGAUCAAGACGCUCGUGUCCAGGGCGCGCGCCACGCCCGACCGCCGCGCCGCCUGCGCCUGCCUCAAGACCGUGGCCGCCGCCGCGGCGGGCGGGCCGUACCUCGGCCGCGCCGCGGGGCUGCCCGGCAGGUGCGGCGUCCAGCCGCCCUUCAAGAUCGACCCCAACGUCAACUGCAACGCGGUAUAAAUUGGGCACGCAGCUCUACAGCGCGCGGAACACGGCCGUGAUGCGAUGCCACAAGAUAUACCCUUGUGGAACGUUCUACUGUACGUUUGUACGCACCCCUACAGAUGUACUAUACAUGAGUCGACGGCGAAUAAUAGCGCCAUAUGUUCUCCAAUUAUGUGGUGUUCUGUAAACCAGUGUGUGAUGAGGGAGACAUACGCACUCCCUCCUAUGAAUAAUCGUUGGAUUUGUGAGUGU